AUGACCAAGAAAAUUGAAGUGACCACCUCCAUCGGAAACAUGGUUUCCUCGAAAGAGAGUGACGACGUCAAAGUGAAACUCAUACUGCAAGCGCUGUAUCGCAUACUCAAGCGGUACGGAUUCGACCCCUACGACAAUAAAAACAAGGCGUCCGAAGCUACAAAUGACUUCAACUAUUCGCUCCUCUUUCCAGAGGUGGAUGAAGAGGAAGCGGAAAGGGUCGUCUCGGAAUUAAAGAAGGCUAUUUCCUGGGAUCGCGAGGGUUGUGUCUCAGUGUCAAAGCUGGACGCCUACACGCAACACCAUCCGGUGAGAAGAAAGUUUAAUAGGAGACGCAUCAUCGCGCUCAAGAUCGACAACAUGUGGCAAAUGGAUCUCGCCGACUUUUCAAAAUACAAGAGGUUCAACGGUGGCUACCACUACAUUCUCGUGGCGAUCGAUUUCCUCUUUCAUUUUCUGCGCACCCUCCCGCUAAAGAUGAAAUGCCCCGCUGAAAUGAUAGGGGCCAUGAUAAGACUUUUCCGGAGAGGUAACGUACUUACACGCAUCUUUUGCGACAGAGGAGGGGAAUUCUACAACAAGACCGUGAAGAAAUACCUGUCUCGAAAGAAGGUACACAUUUAUUCCAUCUUCUCUCCUGUAAUCAAGGCAUCGCAGGCGGAACGGGUGAUACGGACUUUACGCGACAGGAUAUUCCGUUAUUUUAGAGUAACUGGAAAAUACCACUUCAUUUGCGCGCUUCCCAAGAUCGUGCGCGACAUCAACAACACCAAACACAGGACAUUGGGCAUCAGCCCGUCCGAAAUCACGCCCAAAAACAAAUUGGCGCUGUUCAAUAAGAUAAAUGGGAAGCCUGUCGUACUCUCCGUGAAAAAGAAGCUCAAAGUGCGGGAUAAAGUGAGGGCCCUGCUACACAAAAAAGGUUUUCAAAAGAGCUCGGAAGGGAGUUGGUCGCCUCAAAUUUUCACCGUCUCCUGCAUGAGAGACACCUCCCCUCCCGUCGUGCAGCUGGAAGAUUACUGGGGUAAGGAAGUGGAUGGAUCUUUCUACCCCAAGGAGGUACCCAGGCGAAAAUUUGAGCUGGGAAGCCAACUGUUCUUUGGAUCUGCCAUUGCUGGGAGCAGCAAUCCUACAAAGGGUUACAAACAAGCUAACCUCUGUCCGAACAGGCCGCUCUAA